AUGGACCUGCCUCUUAGAGCCCCAACAAAGAUGACAGUGCAAGAUGCUCCUGGUGCUUUUCCUACCGUGAAUGUCCCAGACCAUGCCCAUUAUACAAUUGGAGCAGUCAUUCUUAUAGUGGGGAUCACAGGAACUCUGGGUAAUUUCCUGGUCAUCUAUGCUUUCUGCAGGAGUAGGAGCCUUCAGACUCCAGCCAACAUAUUCAUCAUCAAUCUAGCUAUUAGUGACUUCCUGAUGUCCAUUACGCAGUCUCCAGUUUUUUUCACCAACAGCCUCCGCAAACGCUGGAUUUUUGGUGAGAAAGGCUGUGAGCUGUAUGCCUUCUGCGGAGCUCUUUUUGGCAUUACAUCUAUGAUCACUUUGAUGGUGAUUGCCUUGGACAGAUAUUUUGUCAUCACAAAACCGCUGGCUUCUGUUGGAGUGACAUCUAAGAAGAAGGCCCUAAUAAUCCUGGUAGGAGUCUGGCUGUACUCUUUGGCUUGGAGCCUCCCGCCCUUCUUUGGAUGGAGUGCAUAUGUUCCCGAGGGUCUGCUGACUUCCUGUUCCUGGGACUACAUGACGUUCACACCAUCAGUCCGUGCCUACACGAUGUUGCUUUUCUGCUUUGUCUUUUUCAUUCCUUUGAUUGCUAUCAUAUACAGCUAUGUCUUUAUAUUUGAAGCUAUCAAGAAGGCCAACAAGUCUAUUCAGAUGUUUGGAAGCAAACAUGGAAAUAAAGAGUUCCAGAAACAGUAUCAGAGGAUGAAAAAUGAGUGGAAGAUGGCCAAAAUUGCACUGAUUGUCAUCUUGCUUUAUGUCAUUUCCUGGUCACCAUACUCUGUUGUUGCUCUGGUAGCCUUUGCUGGGUAUUCCCACGUCCUAACACCCUACAUGAACUCCAUACCAGCUGUGAUUGCCAAAGCUUCUGUCAUCCAUAACCCCAUCAUUUAUGCCAUUAGUCACCCAAAAUACAGAACAGCCAUUGCAACAUAUGUUCCUUGCCUUGGACCCCUGCUGAGAGUUUCUCCUAAAGACUCACGGUCUUUCAGCAGUUAUGCCUCCUCCAGACGAGCGACCAUAACCAGCCAGUCUUCUGAGAUAAGUGGGCUACAGAAAGGAAAAAGGCGACUGUCUUCUCUCUCUGACAGUGAAUCAGGCUGUACUGACACAGAAACUGAUACCCCCACUAUGUUCUCCAGACUUGCUAGCAGACAGAUUUCCUAUGAAACGGGGAAAGACACAACUCAAACUAGUGACAUAAGGGCCAAACCUAAACGGAAGAGCCACGAUUCUGGGAUUUCUGGGAAGACACCUGUAGAUGCUGAUGAUAUAUCUAUGGUGGAAUUGAAUGUCACAGAGUACACUGCUACACCUACUAGAGGUGAGAGCCUGAAUGGUAUUGGACAAAGAAAAGGAGAGUCUCACCACAGACCAUCUGCAGCCCAGAUACCCAGCAUUACAAUAACAUACAGCAAUGUCCAAGGAGUAAAGCUGCCUUCUGGAUACAACUCUGGUUUCCUGUACCCUAAGAUCAACAGUCACAAGUGUAACAAGAAGUCCAAUGGCUAA